AUGCAGGACAACGUCUUGAUUACCGUGACUCUCUCUCCGACAUCCGCUCUCUAUAGCAGUCCUGAUGGACUGAUCGUCCACCCUCUCCUGACGCGCCUCGGUCGCGUAGGCGAACUACAGGACGUUCAAGUCCUCAGUGUCCCUCGUGACAACUGGUCGCAAGCACAGGGCGAUAUAUUGAGCGCAUUGAACGCUGCACCGGGCGUUCUCAGAGUGGAUGUGCAAGAUCCACCCAGACUGAGAGCCAAGAGAGGCCGUGACGAGUUCUGA